AUGUGUUUAUGUUUGUCGGACCUUUGCUUGGUCCUUAUCUCUGUGUUCUUCCCUCCAUUGCCUGUAUGGAUCCGUAGAGGGAUAUGUACAUGUGACUCGUUAAUUAACAUAUUAUUAUGCUUACUCGGCUACAUUCCGGGCUUGAUCCACUCGUGGUAUAUCAUAGCCAAAUAUCCCCCAUACUCGAUCCGUAGCGAGUCCAAAAUAUACUACGUCUACCGUGACCUGAGUGACCUUGAGGCCGGUAGGGGAAGCCGCCAUAACAACAGCAAUAACAAUAACAAUAACAACACCAGCAACCACCACGUCCACCACUGCCACCACCCAGAGCCUGUCAACCAGCAGCCAGGUCCUCUUGCCGCAAUGGAAGCUGGCCCAUCCUCCUCCUACGGUGCUGUGACGGAGGGUAGUAGCUCUAACGCUAACCCCCAGGCUACUCUUCCCCCUCCUGCAUAUACCGAGUUGGAUAACAAGGUCCAGAAAUGA